GCUCCGACUUCUUCCGGACGACAGUGUUAUGUGUGUUUUGUAUUACUUCAAAUAGCAGGGUAGAACUCCUAGCUUUCUAGAUACAGUCUGUUACCUCCAGGGAAAGGAACGUCUUGGACAGAUAGACCCUAGACCCAUAAACCAUGAGUUCAUCAGCUGAUGAAGACAGAAGUCAUCCUGAGGGUGCGACUGGCAGCUCAUCCCAUCCUCACGCCCCGCUCUUCAUCCGUGCAUCCGACAGGUAUCCAAGGACACCUAAAUGUGCUCGCUGUCGGAACCAUGGAGUCGUCUCGGCUCUUAAAGGACAUAAGAGAUACUGUCGUUGGAGAGAUUGUGUUUGUGCCAAAUGUACACUUAUUGCCGAAAGACAGAGAGUCAUGGCUGCUCAAGUGGCCUUACGAAGGCAGCAGGCCCAGGAAGAGAACGAGGCCCGUGAACUAGGACUCCUGUACGGCCCUGGCGGUUUGUUGUCUAUUAAUCGUGAAAAUGUGCACAUCUUUGACUCCGAUACACCAUCGUUUCCUAACACAACCGGUGGUUCCUCUCCGACGUCAAGAAGCAACUCUUUAGAAACGUCAUCACCCCCACUGCCAGUCGACGACUCCAAUCAUACUCCAGUUGCGAAGCGUCAACGGCUCGACCCCGUGGCAACCGACUCCGGUAGUGCAGCAUCCUCACCGAACCCCGACUCCAGACCUGUGUCCCCUGACAUGGCAGACAGACCAAAACACGCCGGCCGCAGUCCCUCCCCAACUCGCAGCAUCUCACCAAAAAUGUCUCCAGAACCUGCAAACACUGCCAUAGACCACGUGCGCUCAGAAUACCUCCCGAAACCCACAGCAGAUGAACUUAGUUUUCUUGCACGUGCUGGAGCCGGAAAACGUCCCCCAAUUGACAUGAUGUGCCGCAUUUUCCCACACAUGAAGAGAGGGGUACUUCAGCUCAUCCUUCAGGGGUGUGGAAACGACAUGGUACAGGCUAUCGAGCAGGUACUCAAUAACCAUGGCGAGCAGACGACUUCCGCUCUCAGCCAGACUACACCAACGCCAAGUUUGUUUCCUCAGUCUUAUCUCAGCUCCUCACUCACAUCCCCCUCCCUAAAGUCAGCGUUCUCUCCUAUCACAUCCCCUCCCACAGCUCACCUGAACUCUAUAAGAUACACCUACGGGAGCGGUGGUCGGAGUCUUGCUCUUGCAAUGCCCUACCCCCCAGUUCUACCCUUAGGGUUAGGAUCCACGUAUGGCUAUAACGGACUCUCUUCAUCAAACAAGGCAUUUCAUUACGCGAUGUACCCGUGCUGUACGAACCCCACAACACAUGCUGCAGAGAAGACAACGGGGUGCCUCAGCGACUAGGCUGUCUCAAAACGGUGUUGAACUUGUCUCAUUUCCACUCAGUCUUAAUGGCUGCACAGCUGAAGAUUCAUCUUAACGAGAUCAUCUGAUAAGUCGUCGUAUAUCAGAAUGGUUUUAAACAUAUUUACCAAUAUAUUUGUAGUUUUCUAUUGUUAUGGCACAUUCCGACAAAUUAGUGUAAAAUUCAGUGUCUAUGAUUCCUAUAUGUGCAUCGACUGUUUUUGGAGUUGCCCUUUUUCUUUAAAAACCCCCAUCAAUUACACUUAAUAUUGUAUGGCAAAAAACAACGGCGAUGUAAUAUUCACAUCAAAAGCAUGAUGCUAUAAGAGACAGACAGACAGUCAGUCAGUCAGUCAGACAGACAGACAGACACACACACGCACACACACAUGGAGGCUAUGUACUUAAUCAAUCUCCGUCAUAAUUUGGAUUGCAAUCACUGCAUAGAUAUUCUACGAGUCAUAUUACUCAAAUGUUGGCUCUCUAUGUUGUCUUGAUAAGUAACUUGUAAUGAUAUGAUUUUAUCCAUAAUAUCAAUAUCUCCUGUAUUCAAAUUACUGUAGGUAAUAUACAGUCACUGAAUGAAGCCGUUGACUGGAGGCCGAUUAGACCUUUGACAAUAUAACAUCUUCGGGUCUCAAAAAAUGAAAGACAUAAUACUACAUAACUUCACAACGAUACACACACUCGGGGGAUAACCAAUUUCAGUGGAUCAUAUGAUCCGACAUUGCCCUUUGACAGUUCCAUAGUGUUGAUGACAACUUCAGCUUGCUGAAGGUUUUGAAUAUUAGUUAAUAUUCUUGUUGACAUUUGAUUCACGGUCAUCGUCGUGGAAUGUACAUGAUUUGCUCAACGUGAAUUUUUUAUGUCCCAUGUAUUAAUUAUAUUGUCAAUUGUUAUUGACGUUUUUAAAGGAUAUCUUCAUUGAUAUUGUUUCUCAUUCUUGAUGUAAUAUCAUAGCAUUUUGUGAUAUGUGCAAAUGACGCCAGAUUGUGCAGCCAUCUUUUAUGUUCAUGUAACUGACCUUAUUAUUUAUUGUACAUAAUACAUGUUAUGAUGACGAAAGCAAUAAAGCUUAAAGUUGUAA